CAUUGGCAGGUAAAAAGAAUUUUCUUCUGCUAAACUUGUUUUUCUGACUUGUGAUGUGAUUGCUGGGCGAUAUUUUUCAACCAUGCGGAGUGGUAUUCGAGCUGUCGAAGCGGCAUGCCCUCAAGAAGAUGCGAGUGGGAAUGCAAUUCCGAGUAAAAAAGAUGCAGUUGGAGGGUGGAAUGAGAGGAAUGAUGUGGCAAAAAGAUGCGGAGUACCAAUAUGUUGCUUAUCUCGUCGUCAGCACUUCUCCUGCAAAGAGAAGCGCACCCGUCUUCUGUCUCGUCAAGAUGAGCACCCGUCUUCUCUUUUAUACCCCAUGAGUGGGUCGUACACUACUACUACUCUACGCAUACUACUAGCAUCUUUAUUCAUUUUCUGCCAUCUUCCGUGCUCUGCCUCUGCCGCCCGUGACGAUGAGGAAAUUCGUGGUUUGUCGAAAGGGAGUGUGGCGUCCAACGCCUCACGUAGAUCUAUCAGAACGACAGGGAGUAGUAGAACACCAAGUAAGAAAAAGGCUACAGCGAGGGAUAUGUUCCGUGCCUUGGGCAUUCGAGCAGGUGGAGAAGCGAGUACAUCGUCUUCUUGGGAACAAGAAGAUCGUGUUCCUUCUCCUACUUCUGGUCCUGCAGUAGGUUCUGGUGUGGGACGAGAAGGGAGCUCAGGCGGAAAUGCUUCUGGUCCUGGACAAGGGUCUGAGAUUACAAGCAGGACCGCCUUACUUCACAGAGUGUCUACGGAUCCCUUUUUUCAGGAUGUUGAGAAGCCAUCUCAAAGCGGGAAAAGCGGCUUCUGGUCCAUAGCCUCAGACCCAUCUUUCGAUCGGGCGUCAGUGAUGGGCUCUGGUGCAGAGGGAGCUGCGAUUAGCAAGGGUGGAGGCGGAAGGAUGAGGAGAUUAAGGUAAAAGGUAUUGGGCUGCAUGAUCGAUAAUUGAUCUACCACACUCUAAGUCUAAGGUUGAUCUUUGACUCUGAUCUUUGACUUUCUCGUCUAGAUACACUUCUAACAUUCUCGCGUCCAGCAGCUCUCGAUCCGCAUUUAUUAGCCGAAAAACUAAGCACAACCACAACGCUACAGCUAGGCGCGGAGCCGGUAGAGAUUCCUGUGGAUAAUUUGUUUCAAAGUAGUUGUCCAGCUUUGCGUGAAGUUCAAGUUCGGAAAAGAAGUAAAGCUGCAGUUGGUGGUGGUUCUCGAAGCGGGAGCAAAACAAAAAGCUCUACUCAGUCUCAUUUGUGGCAGCAUAGAACCCAUGGCGUUGAGAGCAACACUGGAGAAUUCGUCAAUAGUCCAAAAAAUGGGCUAACGCCGAUGUCGCAUGCCAAACAGCACCCACCGCAAGGCUGGGCGUCGGGGGUAGAUGCCAGUGGACUGAGUUCUUUUAUGGAUACUUAUCGAAGUUGGUGUUUUUUGCAUCCACCAUCUAAAAAGUUGCUCAUCUUCGUUCUUGUUCCUAAUGAAGAAUGAUUCGGAUUCCGUUCUAGGCCUUGAUUAGUUUUUAAUAGAAACUCGCGGCAGGAUGGAAAGCACACCAGUGGUAAGUAUUCAUGUUUCGGGAAAAACAAAAGUUUCCCCAAAUCCAGUGCACUGCACCAAGUACGCAGGCAUCUUGCUUGCGGCGUCGUGGCGAUGGUUUUGGUAGUGAGCCAAAUGCAGCAGCUUCAGGCUCUUCUAGCCGAAUGAUCAUGAAAGAAUCAGAGGUGGCGGAUGGACCGCAUGGGGCAGCCCAUGCCCAAACUAGGAAUCAACAAGCCACCAGUAGUUGUUCUACAAGUUCUUCCUGCCCUUCCUUACGCCAGCCAAGUAGACGACGCCCACUGAUUAGAUCCUCGUCUUCUACUGUUAACACCUCAGCGUUACUAGGUCAAGGCACACAUGGUGUGGAGGACGGCUCAUCCAGAGGAGUAGGAGUCCCACGUCGCGGUGGAGGGGCAUCUGCGUGUGGAGGCAAGAUCUAUCACCGAGACGACGAGGCAGAGGCUGAAUUAGCGAGGAGUGUGCUGGGCGUGCGAUCAUCUGCCAGCAGCUUCUUCGAAGAGGCAUCUUCCUCCGAUAUGCAUAGGACCAUGACCAAGGGUCAACCACAACAUUUGUCAGCAUCGAUGGGUAAGUCCUCGAGUCGUCCCCGAUCUCGUACAGCAGGACAUCAUCUUCUAGGCUCUUCUACUGGGAGCAACUGGGGUUCAGCACCUGGAGAUCAUAUGAGAUCCUCUACUUUCGCAGACUCCGAAGGCAACGCUUCUUCAUCCGAGCAUUUUUCCAUGUCCUCUUUUUCAAGGGCAGCAGGGACAGCGGGAGACCGAGAGCACAGUGAUCUUCCAGUAGAUCCUCGUGGUACCAGGGCGCCAAAUCCAGCAGCAGAGUACAGCAGUGGUAGUACAACUAGGAGGACGAGCACAGGAUCAGAACAUCAACAUCCUGAUAGCAGAGUUGUCAGGACGCCGCCACUGGUUCCACCAAGAGCGGUAACACCCUCAACAGCUAGAACAGGGACACCACCAACUCCUCUGUCUUCCGGAAGAACCGUAGCAAGUACGAUAGGGAGCGAUCAUUUUCGUAACAACAUUGGGAGCGACGAAAGUCCUAAGAUAAGUUAAGGCUGUACCUAAUACAUCUUUGGGCGCAUCCUUGAAACGUAUACUCCUCCCCCAUACUUUUCAAGGAUGCACUUGAAAGAUGAAUUACGGACAGCGCUAAAUAUGGAGCGAUCAUUUUCGCAAUGAAUUCCGAGGUGGGCAACAGCCUAUUUUUGGAGGAGGCGCUCUAGGAGGAGUACCAAAUGCCAGGGAAUUUAAGAACGAUGGAGGCCGUGGCACCAGUGCGGAUUUUCCAUCUUCCCAUACUCUCUACGAUUUGCGUGGAAUAUCAACGGCUGCAAAUGCUACUUCAUCGAUGAGCAAAGGCUUGUCUUCCGGUUCUGGCCCUGAUUCUAGGUAUAGUGUGCGAGGACUGGUCGAAAGCAGUAGUAGAGGAGGACUGUCAACAACGGCGUUUCCUAGUUUCGCGACGUUUGCGAGUACCGCCUCAAGCAGUUCGUUUGCUCCGCCAUCAGUGGCUGUUAUGCACGAGAUUUUUCGAAAGAUGCAUCAAAAAUCUCUUCCUUUGUUAGAUGAGAGAAACGAAGACCACAAGUUUUUGAAGAGUCCGAUCCUGCCAGAAAUGUCGCAAAUGGAGCAUUGAAAUGUGCAAAAAGAGCAUGACAAUCAGACAACAAGCAAAGAGAGCUGACUUCUAUCACUCACACAUUGAGAAGUGCAAGCUGAAGAAGUAGUCUAACUGCCGAACAAAUGCAAACCUGAAUUAAUCGACCAUAUUAAUUAAAAAGUCUUUGCUACCUCUCGAAUGGGUACACUACUACUACUACUACUACCCGCAACGCUGUACUACUUCUAUAGCUGAUCUUACUAUCAUGAUCCGUUCUAAUCGAAUCCAGGCUUUCACUUUUUAUAUUCUCUUCAUCCUCUUCUAAAUCCUGCGGUCUGAGCAGACCCCCGAGUGGACCAGGAAAGAAGCGCACCAAAGGUUUAGCCACCUCAAUCUCAGCUCCAACGCUCUCCGUGGCUGAAAUAGUUGAGGAAUCAGGUCGUGGCGCAGAGCAAGAUGCGAAAACGGCAAACUACACAGAAUCUCCUCUUCCAGGCUCAACCUCAUCGCCAGUCCUGUGCCAAGACGAGACUACGGGGAUGACACUCGAUGAAUUGCUGGACAGUAGGACUAAGAUGUCGAUACAAGAUUUUAGAAGGUUGCAUUUAGGGGAAUCAUAGUAGAACAACUAAGUCUCUAUCAUAGAACAAUUAUAAGUCUCUAGGGGAGCACGCAUCAAAGGUUGAUUUUUAGACUUCUACUUUCAAGGUAGAAAGGAUGAACUCUUUCGUGACUGGCGGUGGGGGCCGCAUAAUUGUCCUAAUUUGAAUUUCUGCCAAUCACAAAGACGCAUAUUUCCUUUUUCCCGUCACAUCGCGUUGUUUGUGUUUCGUUCUUCUGCUUAUAGUCCUAGUUUUCCAGCACCUAUUUAAUUCACUAUUAGUAUGAAUGUAGUCCCACAUACGUUGUUGUUGCUUCUCAGUACAACGAGUGUCGUUGGGCAGCAAGCCUCCAUAAAGGUUGUCCGACGACAUGACCGUUUAAGAUCAUUCAUCAGAAGGGCGUUUAAGUGGUUCUUUAUGUUCUUGGUAUGAACGCAGUACCAAAAUAUAAGUGACAUUAUCGGCACAGCAAUUCGUUACGUGUGUGUGGAUGUUCGUCUUUGCACGAUGUACAUGACGAAGAUCAAUGUGUUGUGAAGAAGAUCGCCUUGAGAACACUUUUUUUGGACUCACUUGUAUCUUCACUGUUUGAGAUUUUGGUUAUAAAGGAAAAAUUACGUUCAUGUUAAACAAAAAAGUAAGAGUGGCAAGCUGUUGGGCAUGAUCAUACAUAGUAU